AUGUUAACUAAGUAAGCAAAUAUCAUAUUCUACUUUUUAAGAAGAUUAAUCUUAGUAAAAAGAAAUAAUAUUAUAUUGCAUUUAAUCAUUGAAAUUAACCAAUCGUAUAAUUAGCAUUUACCAGAAAUUAAUGUUACCAAAAGAUUGAUAGGUGCUAAUGGAUGCUCUAUCAGAACUAAGCUAUAAUACAAGAUUACUGUUGAAAAUAAAAACUAAUAUAUUGAAAUGUAAAUGCCCAUUAUUUCAUAGAUUUUCAGCUACAUUUUUUUAUUUAGCUUUGUAAUAAAUUCAUCUUCAUCUAUAUCAAUGCUGCUAUUUUGUGGAAAGGAUAUUUUUACAGCAGGUCGGAUCAUUGAUUUAUAACCAAACGCAAUGAAGUCGAAAUAGCAGCUAACUAAAUAAAUAAUUAGAAUUAAAUUCAAGGCUAAGCUUAUAUACUAAAUAAAAUCAGCGUAAGUGUAUGUUUACCAUUAAUUUAAGUAAUCAUUUUAGCUUAAAUCUAUUAAAUUAUAAUCAACUGAUGAUAUAUUAACAUAAUCUGAAUUGUAGAUACCAAGCAAAAGAAAGAGGAUUCCUUUUCCUAAAAGUAAAAAUAGACUAAAAAACUAACCUCUCUCAUAUCCUCUAAUAAUCUAAUGA